ACAAGGACUAAAAACAUGUGUAACCCAAAAGAAUUAACCGUAUUAAAAUUGAGAAGAAAUUCUCCACAAAUUAUUAUAUCGCAAAUAAUACCUAAAUUAUUAGGUUAGACGGACUCCAAUUCCUUUGCUUGAGGAGGAAGUUAAAAAAUAUAAUUAAAUUAUAGAAAUCCAAUUUUGUACUUUUUAAAGUGGAAUUUCAAAAUCAAUAAAUCAAAGAGGCAAAAAGUGUAUAAUGUGAAAAUUAGAAGGAGAAAAAAACCCUUAACCCACCCACCCGUUUCCACUAACCCGAACGUUAAAACGGAUUCCUCUCCACACACACACAUAUAUAUACUUUCUUUUCCCGGCCACUUUGCAAAUCUCCACCAACAACACAUUUCACUCCCACCACCGUUUUCUCUCUCUCUUCUCUCUCACAUUCUCUCUUAUGGUGUUUCAUGGUUUUGAAGAAGAAGAACACAAAGUAACCGAACCUAUGGAAACGAUGAGUCCAAAGAGACGCAAACCCCUUCACAAUUUCAACUUACCGUUCUUGAAGUGGGGUAACCAACAAUACCUUAGAUGCUCCAACGACGCCAUUAGAGACACCUUCAAAUCUUCAACAAGCGCCGAUCAACGUUCUUCAAAGUCUAUCUCAAACGAAUCAACGGAAAUACCUAAUCAACCGAUUGUUUCACGAAAACGAAAACGACUCGUUUUUGUUAAUGGCGGCGGCGGCGGAGGCGGAGAUCAUCAUCAUCGUGAUCAUCAUGAUCGUGAUCAUGAUGAUGAAGAAGGGAUCGCGGUUGUUAGAGAGAAACUGAUGCAUGAUCUAAAAACCGCUACUGAUAGAAUGAAAGAUGCGAUUUUGAGAGAAGAAUGUGAAGAAACAGAGACUCUUAAGUCAUGGAAUUUGAGAUUAAGACAGAAAGAGAUUAAAGCUGCUCCGGUAACCACCGCCGCGAUUGUGAAACGUGAUUUCUGUUCUCCGGCGAAAAUUGACGGCGGCGCCGACAACCGUGUUAAUGUGGCUUCCAGGUUGAGAAGAAAUAUUAAUAGUAAUAAAAAAACGGAAAGACCCAAAUUUUCUGUUCAACUUUCGAAGAAGGAAAUCGAUGAAGAUUUCAUGGCGAUUUUGGGCCGACAAUCGCGUCAUAGGCCCACUAAAAGGCCCAAACUUGUUCAGAAACAGAUAAACAGUGUUUUUCCUGGAUUGUGGUUAAGAGAAGUUAAUGCUGACAUGUACAAGGUUCUUGAUGCAAAUGAGAAUGGGAAAACUUUGAAGAAGAAAGGAAAAGGGAAGUGCUUUGAUGAUGAUGAUGAUGAUGAUGAAGAAGAAGAAGAUGAGUCUCUUUGAGACUAUUUUGUUGACAGUGAUGUAUGGUUUUUUGCUUAUGUGGCUUUUGAGAUGGUGCUAAUAUUAGUUUUUUGAUAGAUAUAAUAUAGUUUUAGUUCAUUCUUUUUGUUUAUAAGAAUAUGAAGUUCUUUUGUGGUGAUAGAAUAGAAGGCCAUAAUUAGCUGAUUUUUUAAUCUGCUUAUCAAGUUCUUAGUCUUUUUUCAAUGAUGCAAAUCAAAUGUCAUAAUUUUGAAAUUUGAUAUCUCAGUUAGUUGAUGAUGAUGAUGGUAUGGUUGCAUUGCAAUGCAAUUCAAAUUUUGUAGUCAAGUGCCUUGCUAAGUAGUACUUAGUAUUAUUAAGUUUGGUGUAAAUUUGACUUUGGUGUAGUUUUUAAUCCUUAAUCUCUUAUUA